UAUAGUCGUCUGCAUUAGCCGUCUUUUCAGACACAGCCAUCAUGAAGCUGCCAGCAACUCUCCUGCUUCUCGCUCUGCUUUGUUUCCAAUGCUCCUCAGUUCCUGUGAGCCGACCAACAAACUGGCUCAGAGAGUGUCGUGCUUCCACCAACCUCUCCAUCACAGCACUGGGGGUGCUGCCCGGUGGUGGCUGGGACAACCUCCGCAACAUGGACAUGGGUCGAGUCAUGAACCUCAGCUACUUCCAGUGCCAGACCACCGAGGACGGGUACUACCUCAUCCCAGACGAAGUGUUUGUCAUCCCCCAGAAGGAGACUGGUGUGGAGACAAGCUCCGAGGUCAUCACCUCAUUCCUGGAGCAGAAGAGCUCAACUUCAAGCUCCAUAAAUGCAGAUGUGUCCUUCUUCAGUGUGCUGAAUGGAAAAUUUUCAAUGGAGCACACAAGAAUGAAAACUCAUCAGGUCAAAGACUCUUCAUCUACAACCAGGGUGCAGGUUCGAAACUUCAUCUACACAGUGAAGGCGUACCCAGACUUCACUCUGGACGUUCGCUUUGCUCAACAGGCCAAACAAAUUGCUGAUGCUGUUGAAAACAACCAGACAAAGUAUGCAAACUACCUCUCAGAGAGAAUGAUCGUGGACUUCGGUACUCAUGUUAUCACCAGUGUCGACGCCGGGGCUCUUCUGAUGGAGGAGGACUACCUUACUGCUUCAUACGUAUCGGACAGCUUGUCUCAAAGUUCCACCAUCAAAGCUCAGGCAGGCCUAAACUUCUUUGACAAAGUCAAAUUUGACAUAAGCAGUCAAAAUACCCAACAGAGUUCAUCGCUUCAAACCUAUCAGUCAAACAUUCAGUACUCCCUGGUCCAAAGCCACGGAGGCGGCACGCCUUUCUACCCUGGCAUCACUCUGCAGAAGUGGCAGGAGAGUACGAGAAAUAACUUGGUAGCUAUUGAUCGCUCAGGUUUACCCCUCCACUACUUCAUAAACACCAACACUUUUCCUGAUCUGCCACAGCCGACAUUGAGGAAAGUGUCUCUCAAAGUGAGUCAGGCCAUAGAGCGCUACUACAAGAUCAACACUCGUCCUGGUUGUGUAGACGUUACGUCCCAAAACUUCAACUUCCAGGCCAAUGUUGAUGAUCAUUCCUGUGAGGGCCCUGCUGCGAACCUCAGUUUUGGUGGAGUGUACCAACAGUGUUCUAAAAUCAGUGCGAAUGCAGGCCCACUUUGUGAUAGUCUGGCCCAGAAAAACCCAGAUACAGGUGAUUUCUCCUGUCGUCCACCCUACUUCCCAACUUUACUGAGAUCAGAAGUCACGCAGCAGUCUUACAGUGCAUAUGAAUGUGUGGAGCAUUCGUAUUCAUGCGGAUUUUUAUGGUUGAAGACUUGUUAUCGUAAACGGUGUUCAGACCAAAACCAUGUUCGUUCUGCUCGCAUUGAGACCUACUGGUGCUCUGUGAAUGGAACGGCCCCAGAAAACUCUGGUUAUCUGUUUGGAGGCAUCUAUAGUCCCUCUGCUGCAAACCCAGUCACCAACUCCAAAAGCUGCCCCCCAAACUUCAUUCCUUUAAAGUUUCUCUCUGACGGUCAAAUCAUCUGUGUGAGCAAUGACUUUGAGAUGGGCACCAGAUACUCAGUGCCGUUCGGAGGCCUCUUCAGCUGUCAAGCAAGCAACCCACUGGCAAAGUUUCAACGCCGCUGCCCCCCUCAAUUCAGUCAGCAUCUUGCUACAGUCAGUGAUGGCUGUGAAAUCCUUUACUGUGUCAAGUCUGGACUGUUCACAGGUGGACAGCUGCUCCCAGUCCGUCUGCCUCCAUUUACAAAAUCUCCCAUCAUGUCUCUGUCGCCCACUAACACAGUGGUGGUGAUGACUGAGGGAGAUAUGAACUGGGUGAGAGUGGGCAAGACGAAGGCAUGGAAGCUCGCCAAACCAGAGGAAAUCAAGCAAAUGGUAUUAGAACUUAACCCAGAUGUGAAUGAGAUGACUGCUGGAGAAAAGACAGGGGUGGCAUUUGGGGUCAUGGGUUUGAUGUUGCUGGUGGUAGUGGUGGCAGUAUUCCUGGUGAAGAGACGGAGGAGGGUGUCUGGGCUUGGGACAACUAUAGACUAUGAGGAAAUAAGUGGUGAGAACGAGAGGCUGACAGUGACGGAGGAAGCUUGAGAACUUAAAAGAGCAUUAAUAUGCACUGAGAAAAGAGACAACCAUAUGCAAUGUAAGAGGUUUUGCCUUGACAGGCUUUUGGCUAUAUGCUUGUUCAAAUUUAAAUGUGUUUCUCUUAUGGAUAUACUGCACUUUCACAUGUCAUUGUAACAUAUUUUAGAAAAUUAUCACUUUUGCUGCAUAUCACUGAAUUUCAUUAAAAAUUAAAAUGUCAAACAACCGUGUGAAAAGUAUCUCUCAGCAACAAAAACAGUUCUUGCUUCUGUCAGUAGCAUCCAUUUCACACCUGCAGUCACUGUCUGACUGCCAUACAGAUACAGAGCAACU